AUAUUAACCGUCAAAAGUGUUAGUAUUUUUCUGUUUAGGAAAUCAAAAGUGUUAGUCAUACGUUAAUUUAUCAAAAUAACGUCAUUUUUGAUAGAUUUUAUAAAAAAUAAAAAAUUACAAAUUGACGGAUAAUUUCAUAGAAUUUAUCCAAAAUAAAAUCUUUUGAUAAAUUAAAACAUGACUAACACAUUUGACAGUCAAUAUAUAAGUUCAAUUUUGAGAGGUUUUUGGUAAAUUAAAGGAUGACUAUUACAUUUGACAGUCAAUAUAUAUAAGCACAAUUUUAAGAGUCUAUAUUUUAUUUUUGAUUUUUAAUUUCACAAAAUUUAUUCAAAAUGACGUUGUUUUGAUAAAUUAACGGAUGACUAACACAUUUAACGCUCAAUAUUGAAAUAAGCACUAUUUUGAGAGUCUAUGCAGUAUUUUUUUAUUUUUGUUUAGUUCAAUGUGAAAUACGCACUACUAUAAAGUUCGUGAAGGAAUAGACACGACGCAUAAAGUUCAUAUACUAUUUUAAAAAAUUUGUUUAGUUCAGUGUGGAAUACGCACUGCUACAAAGUUCGUGCAGGAAUAGGCACGACGCGUAAAGUUCAUGUUAAAAUAGGCACUUUUUCCAAUGAAUUAACAUCUCAUGCGUAUGUUCACGUGCACUUUUUUCCUCAAAUUUCAUUUAGCAUUCAAUGGAAAGAUACAGUCACGUGGCUACACCACGUGGUCACGUGGCUUUUUUGUGGCAAUUUCUGAUUAAACGUUUCUAUAAUUGACCUCGUGCAGAUUUCAAAACAUACUUUAUUUUAUCUGUGAUUAAAAUAAGGAAUAUUAAAACCUCCGAAAUGACUAGGAACAAUUCCAAGAAAUGUUGAUGUUUAACAUCUUGGAACGUGACAUCUAUAUUAAUGCUUGUGCUUCUUCAUAUAGUUUCCAUGUAGAUUGCAAAUCCAUUUUUUUUUGUCUUUCAUUGGUAUGAGGAAUUUUAGAUCAUCAGUUCUUUUGGUGCUAAGUCUGAUCAUAGUUUCCGAUGUCGCAUGGGCUAGUGCUGAUAUCAAGGUUCAUAUAGUGUAUCUGGGUGAGAAACAGCAUGAUGAUCCCAAGCUUGUUACAGAAUCCCAUCACCAGAUGUUGUCUUCCCUUCUUGGAAGUAAAGAGGAUGCGCAUGAAUCAAUGGUGUAUAGUUACCGACAUGGAUUCUCAGGUUUUGCAGCAAGGCUCACCAAGUCUCAAGCCAAGAAAAUUUCUGAUUCACCUGAAGUUGUUCAUGUCAUGCCGGAUAGUUACUAUGAACUCGCGACAACUCGAACUUGGGACUACUUAGGCCUCGCUACUGCAAAUCCGAAGAAUCUCCUAAAUAAUACAAACAUGGGUGACCAAGUAAUCAUUGGCGUUGUUGACACAGGAGUGUGGCCUGAGUCUGCAUCAUUUAAUGACAAUGGAGUUGGACCAAUACCGAGCCAUUGGAAAGGAGGAUGUAAACCAGGAGAAAAAUUCAAAUUAACUAAUUGCAACAGAAAACUCAUAGGAGCCAAGUAUUAUAUCAAUGGGUUUCUUGCUGAAAAUGAUGGAUUCAACUUCACAGAAUCACCUGACUACGUGUCUGCUAGAGACUUUGCUGGCCAUGGAACGCAUGUAGCCUCUACCGCAGGUGGUUCAUACAUUCCUAACGUAAGCUACAAGGGACUCGCUAGAGGAACCUUGAGAGGUGGUGCACCUCGUGCUCGCAUAGCGAUGUACAAGGCUUGUUGGUAUCUAGAAGAGCUAGGCGGAGUUACUUGUUCAUCUUCUGACAUCUUGAAAGCAAUUGACGAUGCUAUUCAUGAUGGUGUUGAUGUCUUGUCACUCUCUCUAGGUAGUCGAAUUCCUCUGAAUUCCGAAACUGAUCUGCGUGAUGCGAUUGCUACUGGUUCAUUCCAUGCAGUUGCAAAAGGUAUUACAGUUGUUUGUGCUGGUGGUAACGCUGGCCCAUCAGCUCAGACCAUUGCAAACACGGCUCCUUGGAUAUUAACAGUGGCUGCAACCACUCUAGACCGGUCAUUCGCCACACCUAUUAUACUUGGGAACAAGAAAGUGAUAUUGGGUCAAGCAAUGUACACAGGCCCAAAACUUGGUUUCACUAGUUUGGUUUACCCAGAGGAUCCAGGGAACAGUAAUGAGACAUUUAACGGUGACUGUGAGUCCCUUAAUUUCAACCCCAUCCGGGCAAUGGCUGGGAAAGUUGUGCUGUGUUUCACAACAUCAAGACGUUACACUACUCUAUCCGGAGAUGCAUCUUUUGUGAAAAGAGCAGGCGGUCUUGGCCUGAUCAUCGCAAGAAGCCCAGGCUACACUCUAACUCCAUGCAAAGAUGAUUUCCCGUGUGUGGCCGUUGACUACGAGCUUGGGACAGAUAUACUUUUCUACAUACGUUCCAAUGGAUCACCUAUUGUGAAGAUACAGCCUUCUAGAACAAUCGUAGGACAACCUGUGGGGACAAAGGUGGCAACUUUCUCAUCAAGAGGACCUAACUCGAUUUCACCGGCGAUUCUAAAACCCGACAUAGCAGCACCAGGAGUGAACAUAUUGGCUGCUACAUCUCCGAAUGCCACAAACAAUGCUGGAGGGUUUGCUAUGUAUUCAGGAACAUCGAUGGCAGCUCCAGCAAUUUCAGGAGUUAUUGCACUUCUCAAAGCUAUGCAUCCAGAUUGGUCUCCUGCGGCUUUUAGAUCAGCUAUUGUCACUACAGCUUGGAGAACAGAUCCAUUUGGAGAGCAGUUACCUGCAGACGGGUCAUCUCGCAAAGACGCUGACCCAUUUGAUUAUGGUGGAGGCCUAGUGAACCCUGAGAAAGCUGCAAACCCCGGACUCAUAUACGACAUGGGCCCAAAAGACUAUAUUCUCUACUUGUGCUCGGCCGGCUACAACGACUCAUCUAUCUCUCAGCUUGUCGGAAAAGUAACAGUCUGUUCAAACCCUAAACCUUCUGUUCUCGAUAUGAACUUGCCUUCAAUCACAAUUCCAAACCUCAAAGACAAAGUCACCCUCACCAGAACAGUCACUAACGUCGGACCAGUUGAUUCGGUCUACAAAGUCGUGGUCGAGCCUCCGUUUGGGGUCAGAGUAGUUGUGACGCCGAAGAAACUAGUGUUUAACUCCAAAACGAAAAGGGUCUCCUUCAAGGUACGAGCGUCGACCAUGCACAAAAUCAACACUGGGUACUACUUUGGAAGCUUGAUUUGGACUGACUCUGUGCAUAACGUGACUAUUCCUGUGUCUGCGAGAACGCAGAUUCUGCAAAACUAUUUCGAUGAGAACUGAUGACUUAAAAGCAUCUUUAUUAUGUUCUCAACUUCUCAUA